UGGUAGGGGACGUGAGGGGCCCAUAUGCAUACACUGACAGGUACUACUCACCUCUCACGGCCACAUAUUAUCAGUCUUCCCCUCACAUCCAAGUGCAUCGCUUAUCACGGGAGCCUCUGUAGCUGCACUUUUGUCCAGUAAUGGAGGUGAUACAGGGAGCCGCCAUGGUCACCUGGGGUUUGCUAGUGGCGGCAGCGCUGGCCUAUGUCACCUACUGGGUUCAGCACCGCCGUCACCAGCACGCCCUCUUCGCUCGCCUUGGCAUCCAAUAUGUCCCUCCGCACCUCAUCUACGGUAGCAACCACAUUUUGCGUGGGAGGGGCGCGCUGCCCACCAGGGUGAUUGGCCAGUGGAUGAAGCGGUAUGGCAAAGUGUUCGGUUACUACGUUGGUUGGCAGCCGAAUAUGGUGGUGGCUGACCUGGACCUCGUUAGGGACAUCCUGGUGCGUGAAUUUCCAAUCUUCGCUAAUCGACCGACUCUGGUGAUCGACGCCCAGCCCGUCGUGGACAGCCUGGUGGGCCUGCGUGACCAGCGGUGGAAGGACGUGCGCUCAGUGCUCGCCCCGACCUUCUCCAUGGUGAAGAUGAAGUCCAUGGCCGGCAUCAUGAACGAGAAGAUGAACGAGCUGUUGUCUAUCGUCUCAAAGAAAGUUGCGCGGGGAGAACCCGUCGACUGGCACACCACCUACCAAGGGAUGACGCUGGACGUGAUUUGUGAGUGCGCUCUGGCUCUCAAAACGCACUGCCAGCGAGACCAAGAUGGGGACGACUUCUUUUUGGCAGUGCGACAGUUUCUUAAAAAUGCCGUCAACACCGCUAUUCUUUUGGCGCUUUACUUCAAAAUCUUUGCAAAGUUUCUGAGCUUCGUCAGUAACCGCCUGGCGUACUCCGGCCGCAUGACCAUGAUGAUCGUCAAGCACCUCAAGACGGUGAUCGCCGUCCGCCGCCGCGAUCUGUCCGUCAAACACCUGGACAUUCUGCAGCUGAUGCUGGAAGAGGCGGAGAACAAGUCGGAAAACUGUACACAAGCCAACGGACAGUGCUUAGAGUCGGAUAAUAAUAAACCCAACUACAAAAAAGAAACGAAAAAAUUGACAGACGAUGAAAUUAUUGCAAACGCGUGGGUCUUCUUGCUCGGCGGGUUCGAAACCACGUCUAACACGAUGACCUACACAAGCUACCUGCUGGCCACCCACCCCGAGGUGCAGGAGAGGCUCUAUCAGGAGCUGUGUGACGUAUUGCAGGACAGUCCUGAGGAGCUGACCUACGAGCAGGUACACAGCCUCAAGUACCUGGAUCAGGUAUUCUGCGAAACUCUUAGGCUCUUCCCGCCGGCAGUCAACUUCGUCAGCAGAGAGGCCGCGCAGGACAUAAAGCUGGGCGACUUGUUCAUCCCCAAGGGCAUGAGCAUUCAGAUCCCGCUUUGGUACAUCCAUCGCGAUCCCGACCAGUGGCCAGACGCAGAGGCCUUCGAUCCAGAGAGAUUUUCCCCCGAGGCUCGAGCUGCAUCCACCCGCCACUCGAUGGCAUAUAUUCCUUUCGGUGCCGGGCCCAGGAACUGCCCGGGAAUCAGGUUUGGUCAGCUUGAGGCCAAGAUGGGUGUGGCGAGAGUCAUCAGAAGAUUCAAGCUGGUGGCAUAUGAGGACACUCCACAACCGCUGGACUUCAGUAUCCCCACAGUGACCCUUAACCCUUCUGGCAGUGUGCUGUUGAGAGCUGAGCCCAGACACUGCUCUUUUCCUGUUUCCCCACAUGCAAUUUAGGAGUGCCUUCCUUCGGUGCCAUGUUACUGGCAAGUGAAGCAGCUCAGGCUGUAGCUCCAGACAUACUGGAGCUUUGGUCUCCUGGAGCAGGGACCCAAGUAGGUGAUGGCCUUGGCUGAUAGUUCUGUGGAAGCAAUACCUAUUUUCAGGUCCCUACAAAUUCAUUAUUUGUGUGGCAAUACUUGAGACACUAGGUACAGUUGAUAUGAAUCCAAUGAAAGGCACUCAUAUUGAUAUGAGAAUUACCUAGCUGAUCCCUGCACAUAAGUCUAUUAGCUACAUAUGCAAUUUUUGCAGAGUGAACUCUGCACGGUGUCUUUUAUAAGCUGACAUGACAGCUGUAUUUAAAUUGUUUCAUGUUCAGUAAAUUUCUACUUUGUUUCUUAACUUCAAUAUGCAUAUUAAUGAAUGCAACUAGGUAGUCAUUCAUUAAAAUUUUUGGAUUAUAGGAAUAAACUAUAGCAGUUAUGAAAGAGUCAUUGAAUGAUGAGUACUAGACGGGUAGCCUAGCUAUUUGUUAAACAACCAAAUUAAUCUUGCACACACCAAGCUGCUGCCAGCACUCUGCCUCUGUACUAGUUUUACCUUUUUCAAAGAUGAUCUGGGUGAUGAGUAACAAGAAUGCUGUAAAGUAAUGCAGCGUGAAGGUCAUGUUGCAAUAAUGAGAUUCGGCAACUGUUUCUUUUGUAGAUAUUCAAGAAAAUAUAUAAUCACAUGAUAUUAUGGUAUGUAUAAUAAAUGAUUCUGUAAUAAAAUUUUGCUGUCUUGUCAAAGUACUUUCCAUGGGCUAACUGACAAAUGACAUCAUAGGACAAUGAAUAAUGAAUGUGUUUUUAAGUUUUUGUAUAAUUGUCAAGAUAAAACUAUAAGUUAAAAAUACGUAUAGAAUAAUCAAUAUACUAGUUAACACAACAUAUUUAACAGUUUACAAUGACUGCCUAGUCUUUCCUUAAGUAUAUUUUCAGAAGCUAAUAAUAACUCAUUUUUUCCAUAACAAGUUAAAAUUUUAUGGCAAUAACCAUCGUCAUUUCUGUUGUGUAGAAACAGGACCACAAAGGAAAGAAGUAGACUUCAUGCCUUUCACCAUUCACCCUCCCACAAGCCUUGGCAACACCUCCCCCAUUGUCUCCUAAUCGUACUGCCAAAUGCUUGUAUCUGGAUCCAUGAGUGCAGCACACCUUCCCCCCUUGUACUGGCAUUUUCCCAUCCAUCACCUUAGAUUGAACAUUUGGUCCAAACAUCUUCUUCUUUCCACCUCAGUCUUCAAUUUUAUCCUGUGUAACUUUCUUCGCCCUUCCUGUUGAAAUUCUAGCAAACAAUUACCAGGUAGUUUAGUCAAUAAACUUAUUCCCUGGUGAUUUCCACCCUCCCUUCUGUCUUAUUUCCUCUAUAGACUAUGAUAAACAUAACCCUUGCCCUUUGAUAAUCAUGUUAAAAUACUGAUGGAAAUUGAGCAUCUUCAAAAUCUAACAGAAAUAUAAGGCCUUUUUGAUGUCCAAUAUUCCGAGUGAAUGAUGUUGUUAAGAUAUAUGAUAUACAUGCUAUAUAUGAACUAACAAUUACUACUGAUACAGAUAAAAGGCAAUAUAUACUAGAGUCAGAAAUAAGAAAGAUAA